AUGCUCGCUGCUGCCUCAGAGGCAGCAGCCGGCAGGCCUUAUGGGUGCAGUGAGUGUGGAAAGAGCUUCCGCUACAGCUCGGUGCUGCUGCGGCAUGAGCGCGCCCAUGGUGGCGACAGCUGCUUCCGCUGUCUAGAGUGCGGCGAGCGCUGCGCACAGGCCGCAGACCUCCGUGCGCACCGACGCACUCAUGCGGGCCAGACGCUCUACAUCUGCAAUGAGUGUGGCCAGAGCUUCCAUCACAGCGGCCGCCUUGACCUACACCAGAGCGCGCACAGGCGGCGCAGCCGCUCCUGCCGCUGCCGAGCUUGCGGCCGCUGCUUCCCACACCUCCCGGCUCUGCUGCUGCACAGGCGCCACUGGCACCCUCCCGAGCGGCCCCGCCGCUGUCCGCUGUGCCCUCGUGCCUUCCGCCAGAGCGCACUGCGCUUCCACCAGGCACGGGCACACCCGUGGGGGACACCGGCCGUGCCCGCUGACACACUCCAUCGCUGCACUCAGUGCCCGCGGGCAUUCCGCAGCGGUGCGGGGCUUCGGAGCCAUUUGCGUGUGCACGCGGCCAGGAGCCCUGGUGACUCCACACUUCGGCAGCCAGGCACUUCGGACGCACACCAAUGUGGUAUGUGUGGCAAGAGCUUUGGCAAGAGCUCCACACUAACGCGACACCUGCAGACGCACUCGGGUGAGAAACCUUUCAAAUGCCCAGAGUGUGGCAAGGGCUUCUUGGAGAGCGCCACCCUGGUGCGCCAUCAGCGCACGCACACGGGCGAGAAGCCCUACGCGUGCAGCGACUGCGGGCGCCGCUUCAGCGAGAGCUCCACGCUGCUGCGCCAUCGGCGCAGCCACCAGGGAGAGCGGCCACACGCAUGCGCCACGUGUGGCAAGGGCUUCGGGCAGCGCUCCGACCUUGUGGUGCACCAGCGCAUCCACACAGGUGAGAGGCCCUUCCCCUGUGCCGAGUGUGGCCGCUCCUUCAGCGACCGCUCGGACCUCACAAAGCACAGGCGCACACACACAGGCGAGAAGCCCUACCGCUGUGAGUUGUGCGGCAAGCACUUCACGUGCGUGUCCAACCUCAACGUGCACCGGCGCAACCAUGCUGGCCACAAGCCCCACAAGUGCCCUGAGUGUGGCAAAGCCUUCAGUGUGGGCUCCAAGCUGGCACUGCACCGCAAAACGCACCUGGGCGAGCGGCCGGCGGAAUGUGCGGAGUGUGGCAAGUGUUUCAGCCACAGCCGCUCCCUGUCACAGCACCAGCGGGCCCACACACGUGCUCGCGCCGCCGCAGCUACAGCUGCCACUGCCACUGAGGCCAAGGUGGGCACUGCCCUCAUCUUUGCUGGGCAAGCAGGACAGGAAAAGCCAGGGCUUUUUGUGUCUCAGUUGAGAAAGACUUGCUGA